AUGGACUCAGCUCUGCCGGGCGAAGCAAUGGAUUCAGCUCUGCUUGCUGAUGUUGCAGGUGGCGUAGAUCAGGUCUGGCUCAGGCCAGUUGCGCCUGUCGGGAUGAAAAGGUGUGCAGCCCGAUCUUCAAUCGCCAUCAGCGUGCUUGCAUCAAUCAGCGUGAUGCUAGUUCUCAUGUCGAUGGUUUUUGCUCGACAGCCGCAGAUUGCGCCUAAAGUUGUCCCACUCCUGCCGAUCGAAUUCGCUUUACACGGGGAUCUUACAAAGAAGCUUGACGCAGCAGACAGUUCGCAGAGCCAGGAAGAACAAAGCUCAGCAACCGACGAGAAGGCUGGUGAACUUACAGGAAAAGUGGUGGAUAACUAUGUGAGCCUCGUGAAGUUUGCGAAAGACCCCAGUGUGUCAAGCGGAGCAGGCGCUCUUUCCUCAAUUGGAGCAACGGCCCUAUCAGUUCCAGCGCCCCCAGCAUCGAUUGUCGUAGGUGGGAUUUUUUCGUUAGUCGGAGGCAUUCUGGGACUCUUUGGCGGGGACACCGGUCCAAGCAACGCCGACCUUCUGGAUGCGUUGCAGAAAGGGUUUGAGGCUGUAAACCAUAGGCUGGACAGGAUUGAUGAGAAACUGGACAGGAUUGAUGAAAAGCUAGCGGUUUUGGCCUCUGCGAUAGAUCAGCUAAACGCUGCUGUCGUCAGGCUCGGUCAUACCCUAGAGGCGAUCGAAAGUUUGGUCAAGGACAUCCACACUGCAGUCGUCCUAAAAGCAAACAGGAUGACAGCAAUUCAAGCAACUUUCCGUGCAGCGCUUGAUUUCUUGAGGAUCGGGCUCGAUGAGCACAAUUUUGAUGUUUUUUUUGAGUAUGUCAAGGCAAAGAAGAUGGAUUACGUGCAGGAAGUGUACGAUACGUUUUCGCAUGAAAACAUUAGACGUUUCUUGGCAGCUGCGCGUAAUGGUGGUGAUCUUGGUGUCAGUGACUUCGCAGCAGCACUUGCCUACCAGAGUAUUCUAGCCCGUCGCUUUGAACUGUAUUGGAUCCUUGUAAUGGGCUCCAUUUACUAUGAUGGCAAGCUUCGUUAUAACGAAGAGAGCCUACUAUUCACACAAGAAAUGAGUAGUCAACUCGAGAAAUACCAAGAGAUUGUUCAGGACUUCGACAUUGCCGACUUAGUCCGAAUGAAAGACUCUGACCUUCGUACGUGCGAGGCGCACCGUGCAGCGCUCCGCGCGACAGGUAAGCCUGCUGAACAUCCAAUUCCGCAGCAAACGUUGGUUUGGUCUGACCGGAUUAUUUUCGGUGUGUUGGGCCUUCUGGAUGGAUGCGGCAAUAGCGGCAGCAAAAUAGCCCAGCAAACCAUUGAUUUGAUCGAAGCCGCUGCUGGGGCAUCUUUCCAGUUACAUCAUGCGUUGCGCAAGUUGGGUCUGGAGACACAAGACUCUCAGCUCCUAUCGCUCAAAAAAAUGCGCGACGACAAAAAAGGUGCUUUGACGCCUUUCAAUCUGAAGCACAUAGGUGGUAGAUGUGUCCAGCCAGACCAGGGAAGCACCGCGGCCUCAAACAACACCAGGCUUGUUCUAUACAAAGGCUGCAACAUGUCCAGGACAGCCCUAUUGUACAACAGAAUUUACAGUGCCGACGGCUACUUCCUCUUGCAGCACGCCAGUGGCAAGUGUGUCCAGCCAUACCCCGGCAGUAACGACCCAGCGGACAACACCAAGCUGGUAUUAUCCGAGGACUGUGACACGUCUAGGCAAGCGCUUAAGUUUGAAACUGUUCCUACGGGUGAUGGUUAUUUUUUCCUGAAGCACCGGAGCGGCAAGUGCGUCCACCCAGAAACAGGUGGUUAUAGUCGGGAUGUCCAGACAAAGCUCGUGUUGCGCGAGGGCUGUGACAAGUCUAGGCACGGGCUUCUUCUCACCAUGAUGUACGCGAACGUCGAUCUCGACCCCAGAUUCUCACAAGUGCUGAAUACCGUUGGUUGGGUGCGCUUGGAGAGUUUGCAAGUUCCUGGAUAUUUCCUAUGUGCAAAAGAGUUAAAUGUUGACCAAGGUCUUUAUCUUUGUCCACGACAUCGGCUUGUGGAUGGUCUCCAUACUAUUUUUUACAUGACAUUCAACCACAUCGAGGGCAGCUUUCACUUGAGUAUCUAUGAAUAUAUUGACGCAGGAGAUGGGCGUAGUGCUGUUGGAACGGAUGCACAUUUGGGCGUGAAGUCUGGCUUUCCCUGGCUUUCGCUCCAGAAGAAUCGUUACCAGACGCGCUUCUAUUUCUAUGCAAAGGACAGUGGCGUCGGGAUGGCAACUUACGGCAACGAUAGAAACGAGUUCGACACUGAACCAUUCCGAAAUGGUCAAGAUGAUGUGAAAUUCGUCGCGUUCCCAAACGACGAAUGGGGUCCAGGCAUUCUACAGAGUUCGGACAGUCCUACUAAUAGAUGGACGACGAUCCUACCAUACUAA